GAGAACAGAAGUCAUUGGUUUUCCUGGAGAAGAAGCAAACUUAAAGCUCCGUCGGGGAAAAAAACGAGAUCGGGAGUUCAUUGUUUUAAAAUAUUCACCGGAGAAAUCGAUUUCUUUCAUCGAUUCUUCGAACAUGGACGUGAUAAAGACGCAACAGAUAUCAGCAAGGACGAUCGAGAAGGUGGUUGUUCAUCCACUCGUCUUGCUCAGUAUCGUCGACCAUUACAACCGCGUCGCUAAGGACUCGCGCAAGCGCGUCGUCGGCGUCUUACUCGGGAGCAGCUCUCGUGGUACCGUUGACGUCACCAACAGCUACGCAGUGCCCUUUGAGGAGGAUGACAAAGACCCAAGUAUCUGGUUUCUGGAUCACAACUAUCAUGAGUCAAUGUUCCACAUGUUCAAGAGAAUUAAUGCCAAGGAACAUGUUGUAGGCUGGUACAGCACAGGCCCUAAACUUCGGGAGAAUGAUUUGGAUGUUCACGCGUUGUUCAAUGGCUAUGUUCCAAAUCCAGUAUUGGUCAUUAUUGAUGUCCAGCCAAAGGAACUUGGAAUCCCCACAAAAGCUUACUAUGCAGUGGAGGAAGUCAAGGAGAAUGCUACUCAGAAAAGCCAGAAAGUCUUUGUCCAUGUGUCUACAGAAAUUGCUGCUCAUGAAGUCGAGGAAAUUGGCGUGGAACAUUUGCUCAGGGAUGUGAAAGAUACAACAAUCAGUACCCUGGCGACUGAGGUCACUGCCAAACUUACUGCUUUGAAAGGGCUAGAUGCACGUCUUCGGGAAAUCCGGAGUUACCUUGACCUUGUAAUCGAAGGAAAGCUCCCUCUAAACCACGAGAUUUUAUACCAUCUGCAGGACGUUUUCAACUUGCUUCCUAACCUGAAUGUGAACGAGUUGGUCAAGGCCUUCUCGGUGAAAACAAAUGACAUGAUGCUCGUUAUCUAUCUAUCAUCUCUCAUUCGGAGUGUAAUUGCUCUCCACAACUUGAUCAACAACAAGUUGCUAAACAAGGAACAUGAAAAAGCAGAAGACUCAAAGCCCGUGGCCAUACCCGCCACCAGCUAAAUCGAUGAUGACAUGUGAUUUGCUUAGGGUAUGUUCGUUCAUCCAUAUGCUACAUCCAAAUGUUAUCUCAGAGUGAUGCAUCCAGAUGUUGUUCGUUUCUGUUUUUAGGUGUUCAUUUGGAUGCUACUUUUUUUUUUUGUUGGUUUGAUUUUUGUGACUUGUAUCUGCAUUUAGAUGCAUUUAAUUCCAAAUGCCCAAAAUAGACUUGUCUUAAUCUUAAUGAUAUUUUUAAUGGACAUGUGGCCAUGGUCAUGACAAAAAAAAAGGUGAGACAUUCUUGGCCAUGGUCGGAAAGUGAAUUAUAUUUUCUUUUAUC